UUUCCCAGUUGCAGAGAAGGGCUGGGUCACAACAGCAGAAAGAUUUAAGCGGAGAGGAAGAGGAAGCAGGGCGACAACUUCAUACACGAGUUCAGCGACGUUAUCAGCCUGCUUUCAACGGCCACCUCAGCCUGCCCGCCUGCCCUUAUAGUUCACGGAGAGGCUUUGCCAAACUGCGAAAGAGGAAGCCGUUUUUGAUGAUUUAAAGGGGAAGUUCUAGUCUUGACAAGCAUUUUUCCUCAGAACAAGAGAGACUCUUCACCACAGACAUGAUGAUACUCUUGUUGAAAUGUGAGGCGCCUGCCCAAAUGCCUCAUCAGCGGUUCAAAAACAACCACAGCUUUUUGCAUAAUUGGCUUACAACAAUAAAAGAUGGCAAAUGUGCUCCAGGAGAUUAAAGCUUUUGGCUCCCACGCCAUGGAUAUCUAUGACUACCUCUUGGCAGGACUUGAUCCUCGGUUGAAGGGUUAUCCACUGAUGCAGAGUCCUAUUCCCAUGACUGCAAUAUUGCUGUGCUACCUUUUCUUUGUACUGUACCUGGGACCCUCCAUAAUGGCCAAACGCAAGCCCUUUCAGCUUAAGGAGGCCAUGAUAGUCUACAACUUUCUGCUAGUGGCUCUGUCAAUAUUUAUUGUCUAUGAAUUCUUGAUGUCUGGAUGGGUCACAACAUAUACCUGGAGAUGUGAUGCAGUGGAUACAUCUGACAGUCCUCAGGCACUACGAAUGGUCCAAGUGGCCUGGCUGUUCUGGUUCUCAAAGAUUAUCGAGCUCAUGGACACUAUCUUCUUUGUACUGAGAAAAAAGCAUGGCCAGAUCACAUUCCUGCAUAUCUUCCACCACUCCUUCAUGCCCUGGACCUGGUGGUGGGGAGUUGGCUAUGCUCCUGGUGGAAUGGGAUCUUUCCACGCCAUGGUGAACUCCACCGUCCACAUCAUCAUGUACUUCUACUACGGCCUUGCCGCUGCUGGACCACGCUUCCAGAAGUUUUUGUGGUGGAAGAAAUACAUGACAGCCAUUCAGCUGAUCCAGUUUGUCCUGGUUUCCCUCCAUGCUACUCAGUAUUACUUCAUGGACAGCUGCGACUACCAGUUCCCCAUCAUCAUCCACCUCGUCUGGAUUUACGGCACCUUCUUCUUCUUGCUCUUCUCCAACUUCUGGGUCCAGGCUUACGUGAAGGGAAAACGGCUGCCCAAGCAAGAUAUUAAGCCUUGCCAGAACGGCACAGCUGUCUACACCAACGGCAAACACCACGAGAGCGGCAACAACCGCGGAGCCACAAACGGCACGACCAACGGCUCAGCUCGCCACGAGAAUGGCAGCGCUCACGCUGGCAAGAUGAAGAAGGCCUAGGAAAUCUGGAAGGAAACACCCAAAAAGUAUGACCCAGUGAAGCUGAUAAAUGUGCUCCGCAUUCCAAAGAUUAUUUUGGCUGUGUUUCUUUUCCUGUUUUUUAGUUUUAUAUGCAAAACAUGGGGAAAUGACGUGGUCAGUGAUUUCCACAGUCGGGAGUCGCACAUUUGCUUGGUUAGUUUUUUAGUUUCUUGGAGUUGGGAAACCCUCUACAGAAUACAAUGUAUGAAGAGAAGAUGUUUUGCCCUAAAUGUAAUCUUCACUGAUGUUGCACGCAAACGCCUAGUUCAGUAUACACUUACCAGAGCCCUGUGUCCCCAUGACUCCACUGUGGACAGAUGACUGUACAGUUUCUAUCCAACUUGAAAAUACUUUUUGUAAAUAGUUUUACAGCAAACAACUAAUUGUAUUGGUAUGCUUUAGAUUUCUAAAUUUUGUUCACUUGUAUUUAAAAAAUUAAAAUGCCAAUAAAUUCCAUUUUUAAAUUA